GGAGCCAACAAGGACUGAGACACGUUAUCUUCUUCCUCUCCCCCACAUUGCGACAUUUCCAAACGAUGCUCGAGGCUCGAUGUGAAACUUUCUGACAGAACGAUUUAGGAGCCUAAUGAAUUAGUCGACUCUAUUCGGUUUCAGCUUCCUGAAGAUUUUGAGGACAACGAUUUGAGGAACUUCAACCCCAAAAGAUUUUCAUUAUCCCCAAAGUAAGUUUCAGCUUGUGGACAGUCAUGGCGACAGCGACGGGGAUGGCGAAGCUUCUACCAUCCCCCACCCUCCCAUUCACGAAAGUAUUGCCUGGGUUAAAUUCUUCGCCGUCAAAUUCCCGCAAAAUUUCUGCAACCAAAACGGUAAGAGCAUCCUUGAGCAGUCGUGAAGAUGAGGAUGCGAACGAGCCUGUCGUUAAAAAUAGAAGAGAGUUGAUGAAGGGAGGUCUCGCAUCUUUGGGACUACUCCUUCCUUCACUAACGCUUCAAUCCGCAAAAGCUGCGGAAGAGUCUGAAGGAGUCGCAUCCUCUCGCAUGUCUUACUCACGGUUUUUGGAGUAUCUUGACCAAGGACGUGUGAAGAAAGUAGAUCUGUACGAGAAUGGCACUAUUGCCAUAGUAGAGGCAGUCUCUCCGGAGCUUGGCAAUCGUGUGCAACGGGUUAGAGUUCAACUCCCUGGUACAAGUCAAGAGCUCCUGGCAAAAUUCCGAGCUAAGAACAUCGACUUCGCAGCACACAGUCCCCAGGAUGAUCCAGGAAACUUGGUCUUGAACAUCUUGAGUAACUUGGCCUUUCCUUUUAUUCUGGUCGGCACUUUGUUUUUUCUCAACAGGAACCAAGGUGGACUCGGUGGACCUGGAGGGCCUGGCAAUCCACUUGCGUUCGGCAAAUCCAAGGCUAAAUUCCAAAUGGAGCCCAACACGGGUAUCACUUUCCAAGAUGUAGCUGGUGUGGAUGAAGCCAAGCAAGACUUUGUGGAAGUAGUGGAUUUCCUUAAGAGGCCCGAGCGGUUCACCUCUGUUGGUGCAAGAAUCCCCAAGGGUGUGUUGCUGGUUGGUCCUCCUGGAACUGGAAAAACUCUCCUGGCUAAGGCCAUCGCCGGAGAGGCGGGAGUUCCGUUCUUCUCAAUUUCAGGUUCUGAAUUCGUUGAGAUGUUCGUGGGAGUUGGUGCAUCACGAGUGCGUGACCUCUUCAAGAAAGCCAAAGAGAAUGCUCCUUGCAUUGUCUUUGUGGACGAGAUAGAUGCUGUCGGACGGCAAAGGGGUACUGGCAUUGGUGGUGGAAAUGACGAGCGAGAACAAACCUUGAACCAGCUCCUGACAGAAAUGGAUGGAUUUGAGGGUAAUACAGGUGUUAUUGUAAUUGCUGCAACCAAUAGGGCUGAUAUACUUGAUGCUGCUUUGCUGCGGCCCGGUCGCUUUGAUCGUCAGGUCACUGUGGAUGUUCCUGACGUGAAGGGCAGGACGGACAUUCUGAAGGUACAUGCCAGCAACAAGAAAUUCGACGAUGAUGUGUCUCUUGACAUCAUUGCCAUGCGCACUCCAGGCUUCAGUGGAGCUGAUCUCGCGAAUCUUCUUAACGAAGCAGCAAUAUUAACUGGAAGAAGAGGAAAGACGGCCAUUUCUGCUAAGGAAAUCGACGACUCCAUCGAUAGGAUCGUGGCUGGUAUGGAAGGGACCAUUAUGACCGAUGGAAAAUCGAAGAGCCUCGUAGCUUAUCAUGAAGUUGGUCAUGCCAUUUGCGGGACCUUGACACCAGGGCAUGAUGCGGUGCAAAAGGUUACCCUUAUUCCCAGGGGUCAAGCCCGUGGUCUCACCUGGUUUAUCCCAGGCGACGACCCUACCCUUAUUACCAAGCAACAAAUCUUCGCUCGCAUCGUUGGGGCUCUGGGUGGGCGCGCUGCAGAAGAAGUUAUUUUCGGUGACGCUGAAGUGACCACUGGCGCUUCCAGUGAUUUGCAGCAAGUCUCUUCCAUGGCGAAGCAGAUGGUGACGGCCUACGGCAUGUCUGACAUCGGCCCGUGGGCACUGAUGGACCCAUCCGCACAAGGCGGCGACAUGAUCAUGCGUAUGAUGGCUCGCAACCAGAUGUCGGAGAAGCUGGCUCAGGAUAUCGAUCGAGCUGUUAAGAGAAUCUCCGACGAAGCUUACAAUGUUGCUCUUAACCACAUCAGGAACAACCGAACAGCUAUCGACAAGAUAGUGGAGGUGCUACUGGAGAAGGAAACUCUCAGUGGAGACGAAUUCCGAGCCAUUUUGUCUGAAUUUACUGAGAUUCCGUCUAGCAACUUGUCCAAGGAUAAUCAGUCCGAGCCUGUGGCUGUUUAAACCGAACCCAGCUCUAUGGGAAGAGUUGAUACUGGACACGCAGAAGUGUGUUGGCCUUAUAUUGUGAUCUUGUCUAGAAUGGAGAUAGAUGAGGAAUCAAUUAUCAGUAUGUUACGUUUGGGAGGAGCUGUACUGCUGCAACAACAGCCGAUCUCUCUGCAAAUAACAUGAAGAUAUGUAAUUACUUUUCUUUAUACUACAUACUUUGUUACAUAGUAGGCAUGUCAACGAGUCGAAAUUUGGAACUUGCUUAUUUCAAAAAGAUUCAGUUGUUACUAGACUA